AUGCCUCAAUUUCAACCUUUUACUACAGCGUUUGCUGUCAGUCUUUUCGCCCUAAUUCCUCUUUGUGCUAGUGCUGCAUGGAAGUCGGACAAUGCCACUGCGCCCUUCGAAAUAGACGUCAUUUUCCCUCGCAACGAGACCUACACGCCAGCCGGGGUCUUUCCCAUCUCGCUAGCCGUACAAAACUACACGGCUUUGCGGGCGGCUGGCAAUUUUUCCCUUUCCUGGCACAUUAUGCCCUACAGCUACGGGCGGGUCCCUGGUGGCAUCGCUUGGGACAUGGGCGAUUUUGAGACCGACAAUUCACCUGAUGAUAACGACACUGUCGUCUUCGUUGCCAACACCAACAUCACGGAAUGGAUUGACCAAAAGGAUCGAGACGAUCGGUUCAGGUUGCAAUGGCACCUCGAAUGGGAUUUCGGGGAUGACUGUAACUUCAACGAAUCAUAUGUCUUUGGUGGCAUCAUGUUCUCUAUCGAGACAGAGUGGGAAACCAUGAAAGCGCCUGGAGGGAAAGGAAUCGGGGAGAAACCUAAUGUGCUUGACGUUCCCGAGUGUCCCGUAUUGGGAUCUGUUGUACUCUUACAGAACACUACAGACAUUUGCUCACGGGUGCUGGACAUGGGUAACAACACGGUCCAGGGCACUCCUUGCGCAGUCACGGUCGAUAAGGCUCUUGCCAGCAGUAUCUCAAGCCAGGCUGCGAGCUCAGCUACGUCGGCCUUUCUAGCCACAGCCUCUCCUACUCAAGAGCCAGAGCCCACUGAGACAAACGCUGCCCCAUUCAACAGCCCGGAGUUUUCAACAUUUAUUGUUCUUGGAGCUAUCGUGACGCUAUAUAGUUUAGUAUGA